AUGUCCUACCUUUGUUCCGUUGAGGUGAUUUUAGCCAUCAAGGAGGAUGUCAGGCCUAAGAUCACAGCUGCAUCUGCCCAGCCUAGUAAGAAGAGGGAGUCGAAAAAAGCUGAUGAUGAUGAUGAUGAUGAUGAUGAUGGUGGUGGUGGUGGUGGUGGUGGUGGUGGUGGUGGUGGUGGUGGUGGUGGUGGUGACAAAAAGUCGGUGACCGAUCUCCUCACUGCUCUGAAAUACGUUUUUGGCUUGAAAGUAUUAGUUUAG